AUGCUCGCGUUGAUCCCCGAGUCCGUCAAGCACAAAAUCAACGGUGUCGUUGUAUCUAUUCACCGGCGCGACAACAGUAGCGACUCCUCCAGCAGCGGGCCGCUGAGCCCCGUCGGGUCUCCCAGAUUGCGACGGGGACAUAAACGCCAGUUGAGCCUGUCAAGCUUCGGUCUACGAAGAUCGAUAUGCACCACGACUGCCAUUGCUCUGGUGACCAUUGUCGGUCUUUGGUGGACAUUUGUCCCUGCAGGUCAGAUCCAAAGCCAGACAACGCCAAUCGAAAACGACAAGAGCAACGAUUUAAUACCCAUUGGCCAGUCGGUGGAUGUAGACGGGCGAGAAGUUUUCUGGUGGGAACAAUUUCCCAGGCUGCAUGGUCUGUAUCGCGGCCGUAAUAGCAUAGUCUCGGUCGCAGAAUAUGUAACUGAACAGCAAGCCAACUCUGCCGACGCCGUUAAAACGGAUCCCCUUCCUGAUCUUGAGCUGAUCGAACUGGCCCAAUCUACUUCGAUAGGGCUGGAACAAUGUUAUAUGGACGAGGAAAACAAAAUCCUGCCGCCCAGAGUUAAGGCAUACCAAGGCUUACCGCAGGGGAUGUCGGAGCCUCUUUUCGGGUCACAGAAAGAGCUUGGGAUAAACGAUGAGAUGUGUUAUGACCGCAUUAAUCGUUUCACGCCUUACGGAUACGGUAUCUCGAAAGACGAUGGCGGGUUGGGACUGCAGCUGGAAGGCGAUUUUGACGGUCUUGACAAGGUGCAAACGUUCGACUGGCGCAAUAUCACCUUGGGCCAUGCACAGCAAAGAUGUCUGGAAAAGAAUGCAGCGCGGCUGAAAUCCAGGACAGCCGUCGUUAUUCGAACAUGGAGCACAUUUGUGUAUACUGAUUAUCACAUAAUGAUGCUGCGAGCCAUGAUCAGUGAGUUGGCUUUGUCUUCUGGCGGACAGUACACCGUCCACUUUCUUAUCCACGUCCAAGAUGAGAGUCUGCCGAUCUGGGCAGACGAGGAGCUCUACAAUAAAAUCUUGAAGGAAAGCCUUCCGAAGGAGUUCGAAGGAAUGGGCUCCUUAUGGUCCGUCGCCGAGAUGAAACUGGUGUACCCGCCCCCAUUUCCAGACAGCCUCGAGAACUUUUCCGGAGGGGAGAUAUAUGAAGCUUAUCGAUCUCUGCAUUUCCCAAUGCAAUAUUUCGCCUCGCGCCACCCGGAAUUCGACUACUUCUGGCAUUGGGAAAUGGAUAUGCGGAUUACUGGGCACUACCACGAAUUGCUCUCCCAAGUUACGAGCUGGGCUGAGAAGCAGUCUCAAGAAUAUGCCUGGGAACGAUCGGCCAAGUUCUUCAUUCCUUCACUACACAACCACUCAUAUGCGGCGUAUUCCCAGUCAAUUGUCAGAGAGACCGGCUCCGCCAUCUCCGGGCCCCAACUACCCGUCUCACAAUUGCUCGAAAUCCCGGUGCAAUCAGUACCUUCUGACUCGACUGAGAUUACCGACUUGAUCACCUUCAACCCGCUCUUCGACCCGUCUCGUACUCGCUGGGCCUUUCACAAUGACAUGACCGGUUACGAUGUUGCAAAAGAUGGUCGUCCGCCAACUCGAGCAGCACUGAUCACUGCUUCUCGUAUGUCUCGAAGACUCCUGUUGCUCAUGCACCAGGAGACCUAUCAGCGUAAACACACAAUGUUCCCCGAAAUGUAUCCUGCUAGCAUCGCCCUGCAUUACGGGCUGAAAGCUAUAUACGCUCCUCUCCCAGUGUACUUCGACCGAGAUUGGCCGGCCGAGCAUGCCAAUGAAGUCUUUAAUAAUGCUCCACUCGGUACGAAAGCGAGAGAGGCUGGAAUGGAUCAUGGGAACGGAUACUUCCACGGUGAAGGAGGCAGUGUUUUUGGGCCAGGCGAGCACGUAUUCCGCGGAUCCAGCUACUAUUCGAAUGCGGGAUUCGCUGGGUAUCUGUGGAGGCGCUGGCUUGGAAAGGAGAACAAUAAUGACGAAGUUGCCUGGGAGAGCCAGGGCGGCGCAGGGGGUGGGAGGAUGUGCCUACCUAUGAUGGUGCUGCAUCCCAUCAAAUUCGAGUAA